AUGCGAGCCUUUUCCACGAUCACCUACAGAAUGUCGAAAAGAAUUUCGUUCAAAGUCGAGGGCGUUGUCCAGGGCGUCAACUUCCGAUCAUGGACUGAGCAAAAGGCGAAUGGCUUGAACGUCACUGGCUGGGUGAAGAACGCAGACGAUGGCACAGUCAUCGGCGAGGCUCAAGGCGACCAAAGCUCCCUGGACAAGUUCGUCCAGCACCUCAAUAUGGGACCUCAGCCAGCGAAGGUCAAGAAGGUCGACCGGAAGGAUAUCGAUUCGAAAGACGGCGAGUCGAGCUUUGGCCAGUGA